UUUCCUUCUCCCACUGCUGUUGAGAUGGCAGAAAUCAGCCGAAUUCAGUAUGGAAUGGAAUACACCGAAGGUAUUAGUCAGCGAAUGAGGGUCCCGGAAAAAUUAAAAGUAGCACCUCCAAGUGCUGACCUGGACCAAGGGUUCCAAGAAGGAGUUCCAAAUGCCAGUGUGAUAAUGCAAGUCCCAAAGAGGAUCGUUGUCACAGAAAAUAAUGAAGACAUUUCAUUUUCAAGACCAGCAGAUCUUGACCUUAUCCAGUCCACUCCCUUUAAACCUCUGGCACUGAAAACACCACCACGGGUGCUCACCCUGAGUGAGAGACCACUAGGUUUUCUGGAUUCAGAAAGACCACCUCCAACUCCUCAAAACGAAGAAAUCCGAGCAGUUGGCAGGCUAAAAAGAGAGCAUUCCAUGAGUGAAAAUGCUGUUCGCCAGAAUGGACAGUUGGUCAGGAAUGAUUCCAUGUAUGGCAUUUCAAACAUAGAUGCAGCCAUUGAAGGAGCAUCAGACGACAUGACUGUGGUGGAUGCAGCUUCGCUAAGACAUCAGAUUAUCAAAUUAAAUAGACGUCUGCAACUUCUAGAAGAGGAGAAUAAAGAACGUGCUAAAAGAGAAAUGGUCAUGUAUUCAACUACUGUAGCAUUCUGGCUGCUUGAUAGUUGGCUCUGGUUUCCAUGCUAGAGGUAACCUCAGCAUUCACAUAUAUUGUCUCAACACCUGGAAAUAUAAAGGAUUUGCAAACCCCAUUGUUUCUGUCUUUGCAUUGUAUGCCGUUUUAUAGUCCAAGCCCUGAAAAUGUAUUUCUUCCAGAAAACAGGGACCUGCUCUGUUACUGAUCUGCAUUCAGCCAGUUUUGCAGUGGCACCUACACUCUCGCCUUUUGCAUGUUUUGUAAAUAGGCUGUAGGUUUGUUUGUUUGUUUUUAAAGAAAAUCAUUUUGGGGGCCUCAUCAGUCUGUACAGCUAAUUCUCUAAAGAGAAAUGAGAGUCAUAAAGAAUGAGUUUAGAAAACU